AUGGAGAAACUGUACAAAGGGUCAGCAAAGGUUACGGUGAGAGCUAGAAAAGCCUGUGGAAAGUGCGGACCAAAAAGCUGCCAAAGGUGCAGCAAAUCUUUUGCCCACGCCUUCAUCACCUGCAAGAAACAAUGCAAGAAGGUUUCUGGAAAAGCAGGGAGAAGCGUCACGAGCUUGCGUAGCCGCUAUUGUUGGAAGCAUUUAAAUUGCUGUGAUCCAUUUCGGCGGUCUUGCUCCCAGUGCAAGAAGGUGAAGGGCAAGUGCUUCACCCGCCUUAGGGCGUGUGGCUGCAAACGGCCACUUCAGUGUCCUUCAAGGGGCAGCAAGGGCACGUUCAUAGGGCUUUGUUGGUUCUGCCCGAUGAGAGACAAACACACCCAUAACGCUACACAGUCAGUCCAAACUUCUCCCUCCAGCAAGCCCCGAAACAACGAAAGGCGCCAGCAGUACAAAAGUAGUAAUGCGGCAAAAGAAACAAAAACUAGAGGGCAAAGAGCAGAUAUGAAACAUGGAAGCCCAGUGCGAAUGAAACGCCAUGACAAAAAACACCGCACAGAUCACGCGACUCGCCAUGACUCGAAGAAGCAUAGGCACAGAGACAAGAAGGCUCAAAACGAUGGCAUCAGCGCACCCCACAUAUCUGCCUCUGUAGAAGAAGGGCAAUCUUUAAGGGAAGAAGCCAAAGCUUCCGGAAAAAAAGCCACUAGGACGAAAGAAAAAUCGAGCCAAGAAAGACAUAAACGGACGCUGCGGCCUUCCUCAAAAAAUAGCGAGAAACGCAGGCAGGAAACUCCACGUAGCAUCGAAGAAAAGUUGAGAGCAAAACAAGAGCUCUCCCUGCUGACGUCUUCUGAAGUUCACGCGGAGAGAAAUGAAACGACCCGAAAAACUAAAAAAAAGUCGGGCGCACGAGAACACAAGAACGAGCUGCCAGUUUCCCCAGCCAUUCAUGCAGGGAGCGAAUAUGAUGGCGCAACUAUAGACAACACAGGGACAUCGAAAACACAAAAAGACAACGGCUUGUGGCGAGCUUUGCCAGAGUCCCGUGAAGUGAAAAUAGAUGAACAGAAGGUGGAGUUACAGGUUAAUGAGGUCCGUACAACUGCUAUAAGUCCUUCUGGAAAUUCAAAAAUAAAAGCAAAACAAUCUAGGGCUCCUGCAAGAGAUAGAGAUUACGAAACAUUGGGUAAAGACAACUCCAAAGAGGAAAAUUGCCAGGAUGAAGAGGAGACUUCGAUAGUGCCAGCGAGCACUGCGCAGGGAAUCCGGGAAAGAAGGCAUCAAAAAGCAAGUAAUUCCAAGAAACCUGAAAUGCAAAGCGAAAAAGGGAGGGACUUAAAUUCUCGCGCAGGUGCAUCAAAUGAGUCGAAGCGGUUUCAGCAAAAUGUCUCGCAAGAAGAAACCUUUCUUAGUACACGCGUGUACGUCAACCUGCUGCAGAGUUACCGAUGA